UUUCUUUUCGCCAUUCAUCUUGCUCCGUUUCCAACGGCUCUGCUUCCAUCCUGAUACUAUGGGAGACGAGUUCCCAUUUCACCAUCUGGGAUAUGUCUGCCUGAAUGAGAUCUAUAAACACUUGACCUUGAAAGAAAUAUUCCAGUUAUCAUUUUCCUCUAAUCAAAUCAAACGUUCUCUUGGAAUUGCGAGUAUUCCUGUUAAAUCAAUUUUUGUCAAUUUUGACUCUCAAUACCCGAAGAUUAAAUUGAUUGGAGAGAGUAGUCAACUGGAAUGGGUUUUUGGAAUUCCUGAUGGUCUGGAAUACACUGAUGUCGGGGUUUAUAAGAUUGGGCAUUUUAAAUUUCAGUGCAAAACUUCGGGCACCGCAUUCUACACUGAACACUACGAUCUGGAAAAUGCGAUGCUAGUUGUGAUUCGAUAUAUGAUAUCCAUCUUCAAAUGUUCCAAUUCAAUAAUCACGUAUUUAUCGAUUGAUUUGGGAGUGAUUGAGGAUUCGAGAGCCAUCUGUGAAAAUUUUGUGGCAUUCAAAAAAGUCGAACGCCUAUCGAUUUUUCAAACCAACUACGGAGUUGAGAGGAAUACGUUGAACUUUGCACAGAGUUUUGAUUGGAUUUGUGAUAACUUGGAAAUCAAGAAUAUUCAUAUUGGAGCGGAUGUUUUGGAGCCCAAAAUGGUUCAAAAAACCAAUGGAGAAUUUGAUAUUAAACUUUGUGCACGGAGAUUUGAGCAGGUUCUUACAAUGGAUCACAUCUACUUGCAACAUGCCGACUGGAUAACAUCGGAAGAUCUAUUGAAUCUGGACGUUCAGACUGCGAUGCUCAUCGAGAAUAAUCUAACCGAGCAGGACUUGAACGCGUUCAUCAAACAGUGGCUGAGAUCUGACUCUGAUAAGUUGUGGUGGCUGGAAGUGAAAGGGAAAAUGAUGUUUAAUCGAGAAGAAGUUUUGAAAGAUUUGGAUGUACAAGAUGAUGCAUAUAGAAGUCUUAAUACCAGAUGGUAUGUAGCGCGGCGGAGCCGCGCCAACCCUUCGGGUAAUGGGUGUGCCCGAAAAAAAAUGGGGUCGUUACGACCAAAACUGACUGAGUUAUGGCCAUUUAAAGUUUAUAUCAUUUUUGGAUCUAUAUUAAUUGUUUUCGGGCCUGCGGCCCUCAACCGAAUGAUCACGCUUCGGAGAAUGGAUGUCGAAACAGAUAGGCCGUCGGGUUCUGAAACGGGAAUUUUUGUAUCAAAGUCGGCGGUUUAUCCGUUUGGAAACAAGAAUGAGGUAGUAAAAGUUUGGUGGAACAUUGACAAGCCGGAGAACUGCUUAGACUGGAUUGGUCUUUUUGAUAAUAAUGACUCAUCAUUCUACUUGGACCAAAAAUCCCUCCGACAACAUAUCUCCCCUGUAGUUUUCACAUUAACCUCUAAAAAUUUGCUAAAUGCUUCUGAAGUAUAUUUUGGAUUAAUUGAUGGAAUGACAGGAAGACUGCUGGCUAAAUCGGAAAAUGUAGAGAUUUGUAAAUCAGCAUCACUGGUUGUUCAUGAAGUCAAAAAACCAGAGAACAUAAAUGUCUAUCUCAACACGAACCACGGGAGAAUAGAAAUCCCAAAAAAGAGGUCGUUUUCCCGGAAGAAUGGCUCUUUUCGGAGCUCAUUUGAGUUUGAUUUUGAUGUUGAGGACCUUCAUAUUUCAUUGGUUGAAAACUCUGAAAAGUUGAAUUUCGAUCAUUUUAUUGCUUCGAAUCAACUUCAAAACAAUUACAUCCAAUCGAAAAGUUUCUCGCAUAGUCACGUCGUGGAAAUUGUCUUCAGUAUUGAACCAAAAACCAGUAAAAAAUCCGCGCCUGACAUAAUGGAAAUCGCUUCAUCAAGUCAAACGCCACCAGAAUCCCAUUGGAAAACUUAUUUGGACGCGAAAAAACGGAAAUUCUAUGUGAACCAUGUCACGAAGGAAACAAGAUGGACUAAACCGGACACCCUCAACAACAACCAUAUAGAACCAGAGACCCCAGUUCACAAGAGGCUCUCCGACCGAUCAGCUUCUCCCAGGAAUAGUUUCAUCACGCCGCGACGUACAAUCACAGUGAGAUCGGCGGGGUGUCCAAAAAGCGAUUUGAUUCAGUUUUUCCAACGAGACGAGUUUAAAACCGCCUUAUACGAGAAUCAAGAUGCAAUGCAGAUUUAUAACGAAUGCUCUGUGGUUCGGCAUGCGAUUCAUCGAAUUCAGAAGGAUUUGGAUCCACCAUCAAAAUUCGAAAACCAACCUCUAUUCGUCCGAUUCGUCAACCUAUUCGCCGAUAUCACGCAGCCUCUGCCCUCCGGCUGGGAAUGCAUCACAAUGAACAAUCGAACGGUAUUUUUGAAUCACGCCAACAAGGAAACAAGUUUUUAUGAUCCAAGAAUCAGAAGAUUUGAAACAAAAACUUCACGACGUGGCAGAAGUGUUCCGAGUAGAAGUUCAACAGCGCACAAAGGAAAAAUCGAUCACGCAUUGAUUAGUAAAUGCGAGGAUUUGAGGAAAAUUGCGCAAGAUAAUUUCCCGCAGAUUGCGGAACGAAUAAGCAAAAAGCUCAUGCUAAUCGAAAGAUUUGGAGGACUUGCAGUGGCUAGUUUAGCAAAUGAUUUAGAUAUCACUCUAGCCCUGAGCAUGUUGGAUUCGAAUACGGAAAAGCUAGCGGGAGAAGGAGAUAAUAUUAAAAUGUUCUAUGAGGAUAUGAAAAAGGAGAAGCUUGGCAAGGGGCCGAGUCGGCUUUGCUGGAAAGUUUCCAGAGAUCGAUUAUUGGAUGAUGCUUUUAGGAUUAUUCUGAAUGUCGAUCCAUUUGUACUGAAAAAGUCCAGAUUGCAUAUUCGAUUUGAAGGGGAGUUGGCUCUUGACUAUGGUGGUCUAUCACGAGAAUUCUUCAUUCUCCUCUCUCGUGAACUAUUUCAUCCCAAAAAUGGAUAUUUUGAGUACGAAGGAAACGACUAUCAUCUGCAAUUGAGACCACGUGGAUGUGAAACUGAAAAGGAGAAAAAAUGGUUGAUACUUUGUGGAAGAGUCCUGGCAUUGGCGGUUAUACAUCGAUGCUAUAUUGAUGUGUUUUUUACGAAUGUGUUCUACAAGUCCUUGCAGAAGAGACCAGUGACCCUGAUGGACUUUAAAGAAUCGGACGCCGAAUUCUACAAAAGCAUGAAUUGGCUUUUGGAAAACGACGUCGUCGACCUUGAAAUGUCCUUUGUGUACAGUAGUAUGGUCAAUGGAAAACUAGCCGAACAAGAACUUGUACCCGGUGGAGAAUCACAAAUGGUCACUGAAGCUAAUAAAGCAGAAUUUAUCGAUUUGAUGUGUCAGAAAAAGGCGAUAAGAGGUGUGGAGAAGCCAUUGGAGAUUCUAUUGACAUCUUUUAAUCAGAUAUUGAAUGAUAAUCUCUUAAACUCACUGGAAAGUUCGGAUUUGAAGCGGAUUCUUAGUGGAUCACUGGAAUUGGAUCUCAAUGAUUGGAGGACCAAUACGAUUUAUAAAGGAGGAUACUCUGAUUGUCAUAUAGUCGUCGAAUGGUUUUGGGAAGUGAUAGAGACGAUGACCAACCAAGAAAGAUUUGAUUUGUUGUUGUUUGUCACCGGCAGUUCAUCAGUUCCUUUUGAAGGAUUCUCUGCGCUACGUGGCAAUGAGGAAAUAAGCAAGUUUUGCAUAGAGAAGUGGGGAGAUGCCACGUCGUUUCCCAGGGCUCAUACGUGUUUCAACAGGCUUCAACUACCCUCCUAUAACACUAAGCAGCAGUUGAAAUCAAAACUUCAGCAGGCAAUUGUUAAUGGGAUGAGCUAUUCGAUAGAAUGA